AUGUUCCCCCUGGCCCAGUUCGGGGUGCUGUCGGCUCUGGCCGCCGCGCUCACGUCGCUCGUGCUGCUGGUUCUGACCCGGCAGCUGUGGAGUCUCCGCUGGACCCUGACCCGGGACAAGGACUGCAAGCUGCCGCUGCCGAACGGAUCCAUGGGCUGGCCGCUGGUCGGGGAGACCUUCCACUGGCUUCUCCAGGGUUCCAACUUCCACAUCUCACGUCGAGAGCGUCAUGGAAACGUGUUUAAGACUCACCUCCUGGGAAAACCCGUCAUCCGGGUCACUGGAGCAGAAAAUAUCAGGAAGAUCCUGCUGGGGGAGCACAGCCUUGUGUGCACCCAGUGGCCCCUGAGCACCCGCAUCAUCCUGGGACCCAACACCCUGGUCAACUCUGUUGGAGACGUGCACAAAAAGAAGAGAAAAAUCCUGGCCAAAGUGUUUAGCCGGGAGGCUCUGGAGUCCUACCUGCCCCGACUGCAGGACCUCAUCAAGUCUGAAGUUGCCAAGUGGUGCUUGGAGCCGGGCGCUGUGGACGUGUACAGCUCAGCUAAGUCCUUGACAUUCCGCAUUGCCAUCAGCGUCCUGCUAAAUCUGCAGCUGGAGGAAGAGCGGAUCCUUUACCUGGCUGAGAUCUUUGAACAGCUCAUGAAUAAUCUGUUCUCACUCCCCAUCGAUGCACCACUGAGCGGGCUGCGAAAGGGGAUAAGAGCCAGAGAAAUUUUGCAUGCUAACAUGGAGAGGAUCAUAGAGGAAAAACUGGCACGGCAGCAGGUGGAAGAUGAAUAUCAUGAUGCUUUUGAUUACAUACUGUCCAGUGCCAAGGAGCACGGCCAGAAGCUCAGCAUCCAGGAGAUCAAGGAAACAGCAGUGGAGCUCAUAUUUGCUGCUCACUCCACCACAGCCAGCGCUGCCACAUCGCUGAUUUUACAACUACUUCGUCACCCGGUGGUGGUGGAAAGAGCCAGAGUGGAGCUUGAGGCUGAGGGCCUUAGCUAUCAACAGAAUCAGAGGUCUUGUUCCACCAUAAAUAAAGAGCAGGAUGAUGCUGAAACUGAAACAACCCACCUGCUAAACAGCUGCACUCAAAAUGCUGGCGAUGAGUUUCCACGGUCCAAGUCUCACGUACCGCACCUGACACUGGACAAGCUGAGCCAGCUUCAUUACAUCGACUGCAUUGUCAAGGAGGUGCUCCGCUUCCUGCCACCAGUCUCUGGUGGUUACAGGGUGGCACUGCAGACAUUUGAACUUGAUGGCUACCAGAUCCCCAGAGGCUGGAGUGUGAUGUACAGUAUCAGGGACACACAUGAGACCACACCUGUCUUUCAAAGCCCCGAGCUGUUUGACCCAGACCGGUUUGGUUCGGAGCGGGAUGAAAGCCGCUCAUCUCGGUUCAGCUACGUGCCCUUUGGUGGCGGUGUGCGGCGCUGCGUUGGAAAAGAACUGGCACAGAUAAUCCUUAAAACUCUGGCGGUGGAGCUAAUUGGAACAUGCAAAUGGACCCUGGCCACGAAGAACUUCCCCAAAAUGCAAACAGUGCCCAUAGUUCAUCCUGUAAACGGGCUGCACGUACAUUUCUCCUACCGAACAGAAAAAGUGCUGGAGAAG